AAAAACCUGGAAAUUGAACUCCUGAAACUAGAAAAAGAUACAGCAGAUGUUGUUCAUCCUUUCUUUUUGGAGAUGAGGUUUUGCUAUGUUGCCCAGGCUGGUCCAAACUCCUAGCCUCAGUCCUCCUGCUUCAGUCUCCCAAAGCACUGCAAUUACAGCUCAGAAGUGUCAUACUCUGCAAAGCAUGAAUAAUCAUUUGGAAGCAGUGCUGAAAGAGAAGAGAUCCCUUAGACAAAGACUGUUGAAACCCAUGUGCCAGGAAAACUUACCUAUUGAAGCUGUUUAUCACAGAUAUAUGGUACAUUUACUGGAGUUGGCUGUGACUUUCAUUGAGAGAUUAGAAAUCCACCUUGAAACAAUUAGAAAUAUUCCUCAUUUAGCUGCAAAUCUAAAGAAAAUGAGCAAGGCUUUAGCAAAGAUGGAUAUUUUGGUGACUGAGACAGAAGAAUUGGCAGAGAAUAUACUCAAGUGGCGUAAACAACAAAAGGAAGUUUGCUCUUAUAUCCCCAAAAUAUUAGCUGAAGAAAAUUAUCUUUAUAAACAUGAUAUUAUAAUGCCUCCUUUACUUCUUACUUCUAAAGUUCAUGUCCAAUCUGUUAAUGCCAAAUAAUCAUCAACUUCAUUUUUGCUUAAUUAUGUGUAAUCAUAUGAAGUCUAUUUCGAAUUGACUAUAUAACAUGGUUAUUAAUAGUCUUUGCUGCUAGUAAUACUGAAAGAACCUGCUUUAUAUUAGAGUGUCAAGAUCUCAGGUUCAUUAAGACCAAACUGACUUUUCCUUUGUUUUUCAUAUAUUUUCAUUCUACUUUUCAGUAAAACUAGAGAAGAUUAAAAAAUAGCCAUGACAAUUUAUUAACAUAAGUGAACUAACCAUUUCUCAGGCAGAAAAUUCUCUAUCAUGUCUUUUUUAAAAAAUGUGUGUUUAUAGCAGGCUGUGAUGGCUCACACCUGCAAUCCUAAUAAGUUGGGAGACUGAGGCGGACAGAUGGCUUGAACCUUGGAGUUCAAGUCCAACUGGGGUAACAUAGUGAAAUCCCAUAUCUACAAAACAUACAAAAAAUUAGCCGAGCAUGGUGGUCCAUGCCAGUAGUCCCAGCUAUUUGGGAGGCUGAGGUAGGAGGAUCACCUAAGCAUGGGAGUUUAUGGUUGCAAUGAGAAUGAUCACACCACUACAGUAUAGCCUGGGUAACAGAGAAAGACCCCCAUCUCAAAAAAAAAAAAAAAAAAAAAAAAUGUGUUUCUGGCCAGGGUCAGUGGCUUACACCUGUAAUCCCAGCACUUAGGGAGGCCAAGGUGGGUGGAUCACCUGAGGUCAGGAGUUUGAGAUCACCCUGGCCAACAUGGUGAAACACCAUCUCUACUAAAAAUACAAAAAUUAGGCCAGGCAUGGUGGCUCACGCCUGUAAUCCCAGCACUUUGAGAGGCCAACCCAGGUGGGUGGAUCACCUGAGGUCAGGAGUUCAAGACCAACGUGGACAACAUGAUGAAACCCUGUCUACUAAAAAUACAAAAAAAUUAGCCGGGCAUGGUGGUGGAUGCCUGUAAUCCCAGCUACUUGGGAGGCUGAGGCAGAAGAAUUGCUUGAAUCUGGGAGGCAGAGGUUGCAGUGAGCUGAGAUGGCACCACUGCACUCCAGCCUGGGCAACAGAGCAAGACUCAGUCUUGAAAAAAAUAAAAAAUUAAUACAAAACACAAGAAUUACCUGGGCGUGGUGGCAUGCACCUGCAAUCUCAGCUACUCAGGAGGCUGAGGCAGGAAAAUCGCUUGAACCUGGGUGAUGAAGAUUUCAGUGAGCCCAGAUUGCACCACUGUACUCCAGUGUGGGCAACAAAGCGAGACUCUGUCUCAAAAAAACGAACAAACAAAAACGGGUGUUUCUGAAUUAGAAUGGUCUUCUUGAAUCUAAAAAUGUCUAUGGUGAUUGUUCCUGUGGGAGUGUCACUAAGUAUGCAGAAAAGAGUAACAGCCAGACUGACUUAUCCUUUGAAAGGCCUGAUUGAUUAUAAGGUUCAUCCUUGGCUGUUGCAUCUGGGAACUUAGAUAUCUAUCAAAAGGUGUCUUAGUCUGUUCUCCUCUCAUAACAGAAUUACACAGACUAGGUAGUUUAUAAUGAUCAGAAGUUUAUUUGGUUCACAGGUGUGCACAGUAGGCAGUCCAAGAAUAUGGUACCAUCAUCUAGCGCGGGUCUUGCCAUGACAGAAGGCAUCACAUGGCAAGUGAGCAAGAGAAAGAUAUAUGGGGCUAAACUUAGCCUUUUAUCCUGAGCCCACUCCUGAGAUAGCAACACUAAUUCAUUAAUGACAGCCAAGCCCUCCUUACCUAAUCACCUUUUAAAGGUCUCUUCUCAACACUUUUACAAUGUCAAUUUAAUUUCCAGCACUUAAAGUUUGGGGGACAUAUUUAAACCUUAACAGGAGGGCACCAUUCACUAAAAAGAGUGGCUCAUGGUAACUAAGCUGUUUGUACAAUGUGGUUUGUGCUUUCCUCCUGGGAAUCUACAGUUUUGGUACAUGGUAGGUAGAAGGUACCUAAGUGACCAGCCCCAGUAAAAACCCUGGCCACUCUCUAACAAGCUUUCCUGGUAAACAACAUUUCUUACAUGUUGUCACAAUUCAGUUGCUGGUGAAAUGAAACAACACAUAUGUGUGACUCCACUGUUAGAGGACUCUGGGAGCUUGUGCCUGGUUUCCCCCAGACUUUACCUCUGUACAUUUUCUCUUUCCUGUUUCACUUCAUAUGCUUUUGCUGUAAUAAAUCAUAGCUGCAUGAUGAUAUGCUGAGUCCUGUGAAUUCUACCUGGAAAUCAUGGGAUCUGGAGGUAGUCUUGGAAAUCCUGGCACACUAAGCAGAGUUCCUGAGUGUUUACUGGCAGCUGAAGGAAUAGGCAAAGAAGAAA